AUGUCAGGCGCACCCACCACACCCCCGCACCACCCCACUCACAACGUCCACCUCACCGACCAACAGCUUGAAGCCAUCAUAUCAACCGUCCUCCCCUCCCACGCCAUCAUCAACGCCUCCGCCUUCACACACGGCCACUCCUUCAACAACAGAAUCUACUUCCUCGAUCUCACCGACUCCCUGCACACCAACACCAUCUCCCACGAGCUGGUCCUUCGUGUGUCCGGGCACUACUUCAACCACCGCAAAGUCGAGAAUGAAGUCGGCUGGCUUCUCCGCUUUCGGGAGUUCUGCCCCUCUGUGCCUGUUCCGGAGGUUGUAGCUUGGUCCACUGAUGGCGCGAAGAUCGAGACGCUUGAUCGUGGCUUCCUGAAGGUUACAGGUCGGAGGAAGAAGGUGCUUCAGGGUGUAAAGCAUGGCUGGGUAUUGCAGACGCGCUUACCCGGGCGGAGGCUCACUAUCGAGGACCUGGACGGCAUCCAUGGGGAUGCGAUCUUGAGACAGUUGGCAGAGCACAUGGCGACAUGGCGGACGGUGGAAAUGGGAUUGCCUUGGGGUACAGGAUCUUGGAGUUCUCCCGGUGGUGGAGGAGCGAGGAUAGGCAACCAGUGCCUUUUCACUGCAGCUCAUGGGAAGUCGCCGGGAAUUUUCUGGCGACCCAAGGACUCGCGGAUGGACCUGUGGCGCGGGUUUGUCACCGGCGGACUGCUUCUAACGCAUAGACAGGAUACUGGGCACGAGGGGUUGAGGACAUGGGCAGAGUACUAUCAAUUCGUGUUGGACGAUCAAAUUGCGCAUAUGAUGACUGCCGCUGAGCUGAGUGGCCUAAGAGCAAUGAUUGACGACAGGGUCACGGCUUUGCGAGAACGACUCGCACACCUGCCGUUUCUGGACAAUGCGUCCAACAUAAUGAAAUUCACCCACAUGGACUUCGCGCCCCGAAACAUCCUCAUCUCAACUGAUGACACCACAGCCUCCUCUCCGCCACAAGUGACGGGAAUCCUGGACUUCGAGUUCUCCGCCCUCCUUCCCGCACCCUCUGAGUUCCUCAACAGCCUGGUCAAUCAGUCCGGCGAUUGGCAAACGCGGCACUACAACGCCCUCCUGAGCCAUCUACGAGCCAUCGAGAAGACCUUGACGCCUGCACCUGGAGAUCCGAGCAUCACGCCGCGAUCGAUCUGCAUAUCUGUCAUGGAACCACCGGCGGCGCCUUGUAUAGAUCCGGACAGGUGUGAGUGCGAGUACCACAACUUUGAGAAAUUGAAGGUGCUGGAAGCGGUGGUUGCAAACGUGGCGCCGUGGUACAUCACGCAAGUAUCACACAUCGGCAAAGAGCGUGAGCUAGAAGCAGAGUGUGCGAAGGCGGCGAAUGUUGUGCUUGAUGGAGUGGAAAGGCUACUAGCAUUGCUCGCAGAGGGACUAGAUGAUGGCCAAAGCGAAGCUGGCUCUGCCCCCAGACGUGGGACAAGGGAAGCGACAACGUUGAGGAGCGAGACAACGGCAACUACGUCGGUGCCAACAACAGUAGUGAAUGGGCCGGAUCGAGCACGUCGAAGUUAG